GUCAGAUAUUUAGCCUGAGUAGCUGUACUUGUAGCCCCAACAGUUCUGCUAUGUGCCCCUCCAGAACAAGAGCGACCUAAGAAAGAAAGUUUCACACUCAAGGAAGUCAAAACCUAUCCUCAAACAUGUCAAUUUCCUAUUCCCAUGGUGAAUCGAAGGACAACACUCCAAGACACAUACGGAAGUCACACUCGCAACAAUAAACGCACUUCGUUGAUGUUGCUUGGCUGCAAGCCACACCUGUGUUCAAAUCUCUUUUAUCUGCUCGGAAGUUGGUAAAACAAUAACAAACGAAAAUUUGCGAAAGGCAAAAGGCCUUGUUCUCGAAUCGUACGAUGUCAAGGAGUGCUGUGGUGGCCUAUGCAUCUUCAACAAAUAUGGAUACUUGUGAAACAUCUCAUUUCCAAUGCACAUGUAGAUGUAGAAGAAGUUACCACAGCAAACUACUAAAAAGAAGCACUCAUAUCUGAAUUUUUUGUUUUUUUCCUGUAGAAGCCGGUCGAACUUACGUUAUUAUCAUUCUACAAAGUCAGGCAAGAAAAUGGCCUCUUACUCGGGUCCUGGCCAGGACAUGAGUUUCCUGGACAGUGGUGCGGGCAACAGUAACAUAGAGAGGGAUCAUGGAAACGAGGAUGCUGAAGCACAGAAACUCGAUGCCGACGACGCUGAAGGCGCGGCACUGCAGCAGAAGAAUGAAAAAAAGGAGAAGAUUAAGGCCGGAUCGUAACUUCGAUUGAGUGCUUGUAAAAAAUUGCAUAGUGCUAGUAAAAGCAUAGUAAGUGAUUUGGUAGAUCACACAUGGGACACAUGACAUGGCAUGUAGUAAAAGCAUAGUCUGCUAGUCGUAGAUGAAGAAGAAUAUCUGUGGACUUGGAACUGUUAGGUGAGGGACACAACUGGAACUGUAACAGGUGAGGGACACAACUGGAGCUGUUCGAUGAAUAUCCAAGAAUACUAGAUGAAAGACAGAACCAGACGUACUACCCCUUCCCCUUGGGACAACCCCAUGCUCUAAGAGAAGAAAGACCAACAUCCCGAAGUUAACAAAAAGCCGAUUGCUAGAUCCGCAGGUGGGAAUAUGGUCCAUUCGGCCAGAGACUGAGAAUCUGAAGCUCAAAGGCCGUGGACAUGAAUAGUAUGGCUGCAGCAAGAUAAUUCUUCAUAAUCUUCUUCUGUCAUCAUUAAAAAAUUUUCAUUUUGUCGUGUCAUUUAUGUGUCCUCGAAAGAAAGGUUGUUUGAUUACCUUGUCUUUCUCAUUUUCAUGGCAGCUUUCUUUAGAGUCUAAGGGAACCGUGAUCGUUCUUGAUUUAUGGAAGCUGUAAUCAUCUUUUACUGCUCCCCACCCAUAGUUUGUUAUUGUCGUUCUUUUAAUCAUCUUUUACUGCUCCCCAAAACACCCAUUGUUAUUGUUAUUGUCGUUCGUUAUAAUAUGUUUUCCACCCACCCAUAGUUAUAAUUGUUUUUCAUCCGACGACCCCUACUUUCAUUUUUGCGAGGACCUGGAUGCGAUUCUGGGUUAUUUUCGGGAUUUCGCAAAGAGAUGUCAUCAAAUUAUGGAUCUCCUGUAAUUUUUUCUUCCUGCUGCAUCGAUUCUACCUUGCUCUUUUUUGCUCUGUGGAUCCAUCCAUAUUUAUCUGCUUCAAAACGUUUCAUUAGCAGGAUAAAAAAGAGGAAGAAAGAGUACAAACUUCCAUACAAGGAUUACAUCUAGACGAUUUUAUCAGGCAUGCGGAGAAUAUUCUGCUCAAAAAAUCGGUGGAUGAAAGCGACGCCACGGGAAAGAGAAUGGAGCCGCCACCAAAGGUACUGCUUUUCUGCUUGUCCUGAUGGAACUAGCUUGUUGGGCUUGGGCUUUUCCACUGUCGACCCGUAAAAAACCCUAAUAUUUAGAGGUAGGCAACAAGUGGUGUUGUACUACUUCUGUUUUCAUCGUUUGAAGAUUAUCAUUCUUGUUGAAAUCUAUUCUUUAUCUCUCUCUCUCCUUCAUCCUUUAACCGAUCUGGCACUUAUCUCACGCUUAAUCCGUUAUUUUUCUUUCCCAUGACAAGAAAUCUCAUUCUCAGGCUUUGGGUUUGAACCUUCGAUGCCAGUACAAACAUCGCGACUGGAGUGCGCCUGAGUUUUAUUUAAAGGGUGGCAUGUCAGGUGGAUUACCGGAGAACGAAGUCGCGCAGAUCCUUGCAGCUAGCAAACUUAAGGAUGUAGAUUUUGGUCAUUCAUUUGAAUUUGGAUUUGUUUCAUGGAAGGUUUACAUUUAGAAAGAUCAUACUAUAGGUAAUAGCUGCUAUCUGCCUACGACACAACUCUGUAAUAAAUUUCUUAUGUUUCCGUCUUCAUCUUUCCGUUUCCUGUAAUCGAAUCUGAACAAUAAAAACACCUUAGACCACCUCUAAUAGCCGAGGGCGGAUCGAAUAUGCGAAACCGGAAGGCGAAACGAAUAAUGGUAUUCAUUUGGUAACUCACUUCUUGAGAACAAGAACCAGUCAUGAUGUGAUCGACUUAUAUCAAACUUCUGGUAUUAUCUUGUUGUUUCACAAGGUUUAGGACUAGGAGAACAAGCUUCCCCAACAUCCUCUUCUUCAUUUACAAUUAUAUCCCACAUUCCAUCUCCAUUUCCAGCCACAUCUUCGACUACGUCGCGAGACAUCGAGAAGGUAAUGGAAGAUGAUCCGAUGCUAUGGGGUGCAGGUGAAGAGGAGGGUGAGAGGGCAAGACAAAAUGCAGCGGAGGAAGCGGCAAAAGCUGCUCAGAAGGAAGCACUCCAGAAAGCCAUGGCCGCGAGACGAGCAAACGCUGCUUUGCAGCAAGGUGCACAACAGGAGAACUCAGGAAUUAUGGCUAGUUGUUUUCGUUCUUGUGGGUUGUUUACUAUGUUGUAAGUAAUCCUGUAUGUUGAAGUAGUAUGUCACAAGUCGCGAAAUCCCGUUGAGAACUCCUGACAGAGAACCCGUUUACGAGCUCUCUCAGUUAAGAACACAAUCGCGAAGAGACAAAGUGCUAAGAUACCACUCAAGUGAAGGUCGUCAGGACGAUUAUGAAUUUUUGCUUGUGAAGAUCCACUUCCUUGCCGUCUAAUGCCCCCACCGGUAAUGGUGCCAAUGCAGCAUCAGCAUCUUCGUCCGAGCUGACGGAAGAGCAGAGAGCUUGCAUAGCCGCAAAGCGAGCAAAGUUUUUGGAGGCUCGACGUUUAAAACAGAUGGAGCAACAGAAGAAAGGUGCCUCAUCGUCCUCUACGACCGCAGCUUCUUCGUCGACAAGCAGCAAUAAUGUUGCGGGAGGACCAGAAGUUCCGCAAUUAACUGACGAGCAACGCCAACGGAUUGAGGAGAACAGGGCUAAGGCUGCAGCAAUGCGAGCUGAGAAACGACGAAGGAUCGAACAAGAGAGACAGCUAUGAGUUGGAAACCAUACUAUUGACCUUCGAUGAAAUGAUAUUGAUAUUGUUGAAAAAAAGAAUAGAUAUUGGUGAAAAAAGGUUGAAAGGCCUCAAAGACGUUAGUCAGGACGUAAAACGAGGUAUCAUGUUCAUGGCAUGACAUCCAUCAGCACAUGUUCAGUUUUGAGAUUCAUCUCUUAAUGUGAUCUUCAUAAGGCAUUGCAAAACUGUUUCCUCAAACUCAGAGGAAAAAAACUCGAGAAUCUGUUGAGAAUGUCGUGCGUGCAGAAGAUUUUGUAUCAAUAGUUGAGAGACGUCUACUCAAUAUCAAUAACGUGUCCU